AUGUAUCGGAAGUUGUCUAAGUUAGAACACUCGGAAAUAAAACAACUUCUUACAGAAGCUAACAUAGAUGUUGCAAAACAUUACGCGACAAACAAAAAAGCACUCGCUGACAUCCUCAAUGACUACAAUGGUGAAAUAACUUAUGAUAGAAUUCAUGAGUUCAUAAAUGCAAGAGCAUUUCCUUUAAAUGACGUUGCUAUUGACUUAUAUCAUAGACGUUCAGUACCUCAUGAAGUAAGAAGAGAAAUGUUUGACAUAACAAAUGCGAACGUUGGUCAUACUCGUAAAGCUCUUUCGCAUGAUGUUCGUCAAGAGAUGUUUGACAUAACAAAUGCAAACGUUGGUGAAACACGAAAGAGAGACGACACACUGA